AUGAAGGGUUCGGCGACAGGGGGAAAUCACGGAGGCGAUCCUCGCGCCGAGCAUGCCGCAACCAAGGAGUCCGAGGAGGCGGCAACGCAACACCAUCUGACGCUGCUCCAGCCGAGCGUGGUCGAAGUUUCUGCAGCCGUGCUGGAUAAGGACAAGGUGGCACAACAUGAGUCGGUGGGGCUGGUCGGUGGCUCUCCUCCUUCUGGUGGACGGGGAAGGCGUAGGCAAAGGAAGAGCGAUGGGGAGGAGGAUGAUGACACCGCCGUACCCGGGGACCUCACCACGCGGGCGAAGAGGCGCCAGACGACAGGUAGUGCUGACAACGCCGGAGGCGCGGAAGUUGACACACCGCGAGGCGCCAAGGAAGCUAGUGGCAAGGCGGGCGGUCAAGCAUUGCGCCAGAAGGGCCGCCCCGCAGCAAGAAAAGCAUCUGGCGGAAGGAGAGGCAAGAAAGCAGCGACAGGAACGAGGCCGAAACGGGGCGAUGAAGACCCCGGUGAUACGGAGGAGGAGGAGGAUGAGGAGGAGGAUGCGGAGGGAGAGGAGGAUGAAGAGGAAGCGGAGGAGCAAGACGCGGAUGUUGGGGAGGAUGCUAAAGAUGAGAAUGAUGGCGGGGAGGACGAAGAGGAGGAGGAGGAGGAGGAGGAGGAGGAGGAGGAGGAGGAGGAGGAGGAGGAGGAGGAGGAGGAGGAGGAGGGGGAUAAGGAGGAGGAGCAGGGUGACGAGGAGGAGGAGGAGGAGGAGGAGGAGGAGGAGGAGGAGGAGGAGGAGGAGGAGGAGGCAUCAGAGAAGGAGGAGGAGGAGGAGGAGGAGGAGGAGGAGGAGGAGGAGGAGGAGGAGGAGGAGGAUGUGGCGCCAGGGAAGAGACGGGGCGGGCGUGGCGGUCGGGUGAGUGGGACAGGGAAGGAGGGGGGCCGGACUCGCCCUUCCCGAAAACGCGGGGCAGGUGACGCUGCGCGCGGCGAAGCAGCGGGCAAACCGAAGGCGCGUAAGGUGAAGGUCGAAAGUGAAGGGGUUGGUAAAAAGCAAGGGAGCCAGGGUGCAAAAGGGGAUGGAGGAGGAAAGGGUGGCCGCGCCAAAGGGGUUCGAGUGGGUACCGGCAAGAAGGAACCUGCCGGUGAAAGUGAGGAGCACGAGCAGUUUGUUACACGGGAGGAGUUCCAGGCGCUGCGGUCUGAGAUGUACGCCAUGUUUGCACAGCUCGGCCUGCGUCGUGGAGUACCUGCCAGCUAUGCCGGCGGGUCGGCAGCCCUGCCUAUGGCUGGUACCCCGCCGCCGAUGAGCGCCGUGGACAAGGCACGAGUGCUAGUGUUGCAGGAGACAAACCCAUUCCCGGUAUGUGGCGGGCCAAAUGGGGCGGGUUGGGGUUGA